AUGCCUGAAGGUAUCUCAGACACCGCGUCGAAAACGCUACCUAAAAUGCAAUAUGCUCGACUCGGACGCUCUGGUAUGAAGGUGUCGCGCAUCAUCCUUGGUGGCAUGGCGUUUGGAAAACCCACAUGGGAAGGCUCGCCAUGGACGCUCGACGAAGAAGCCAGUAUGGAAGUCAUCAAACGCGCGUGGGAUCUCGGGAUCAAUACGUGGGAUACAGCCGACACAUACUCCAACGGCGAAAGCGAGCGCAUACUUGGAAAGUUCAUCAAAAAGCACAAUAUACCACGAUCGAAGGUGGUCAUCAUGACGAAGCUCUUCAACCCAGUCAUGGACGACGACAGCAGACCGGCACCUGCAGAUCCCUAUUCGCAAGAGCUGGUGAAUCAGAUGGGACUCAGUCGGAAGCACAUCUUCGACGCUGUCGAUGCGUCACUCGAGAGGCUGGGCACGUCAUACAUCGAUGUGCUGCAACUGCACCGCUUGGACCGCGAGACAGAACCUGAAGAGAUCAUGCGUGCGUUGCAUGAUGUAGUGAGCAUGGGCAAGGUCCGGUAUUUGGGUGGUUCAUCUAUGGCGACGUGGGAAUUUGCCCGCCUACAAUACACUGCGAAAAUGAACGGUUGGACGCCGUUCGCAUCGAUGCAGCCAUUCUACAACUUGCUCUACCGCGAAGAGGAGCGCGAGAUGAUUCCGUUUUGCAAAGCAGAGGGCGUUGGAAUCAUUCCCUGGUCACCGCUCGCACGCGGGCUUUUGGGCAAGCCUGUCGGCGCAACAAGUGCGCGGAAUGAAGCAGACAGCAAGACGAAGAAGUGGUUCGGCGACGCGAACUCGGAAAUCGUGAGUAGAGUAGAGGAGUUAAGUAUUAAGAAGGGGGUGAGCAUGGCGAGCGUGGCUACUGCGUGGGUGCUGCGGAAGGGCUGCAAUCCAAUCGUAGGGUUGACAAGUGUGCAGAGAGUAGAACAAAUUGUAGAAGCAUUCGAGGUCGACCUCAACGACGAGGACUUGAAUGUGAAUUUUGUGUGCGACAUGACAGAACUGGGGACGGUUCGGUCAGAAGUCCGACGAGUGCAAUGUACGGCUGUUGGCGGCAGCCGCUCUAGCCCACUGCCCCUCAAGCGGACACUUGAAUCACUACCGCCUCUUAAAUCAUCCUUGGAGGAGACGCGCUCCCAUACCCGCGCACAGAUUUGGUCCAAUCCGCAGAUACCGGUCCUGGUCGCGCUUGACGAUGAUCCUACAGGAACUCAAACGUGCCACGACAUUCCGGUCUUGACGACAUGGAGCGUUGAGGUACUCGCUCAAGAACUGGCCAACACAAAAGCCGGGUCGGGUUUCUUCAUCUUGACCAAUUCCCGCGCACUGCAUCCGCCAGCUGCUCGGGACUUGAUGAUCGAGAUUUGCACCAAUCUCAAAGCUGCGUCAGCAAAAGCUGGAAGGCCGUUUGAGAUAGUUCUCCGCGGUGACUCUACACUUCGAGGGCAUUUCCCAUUAGAGCCGGAGGCAGCUGAAGAGGUUCUUGGGCAAUCGGAUGCUUGGAUUCUAGCACCUUUCUUCCUGCAAGGAGGACGAUACACCAUUGACAACGUACAUUAUGUUGCCGAAGGGGAUGUGUUGGUCCCAGCGGGCGAGACCCCAUUCGCAAAAGAUGCGACCUUCGGGUAUAAAUCGAGUGACCUGCGAGAUUGGGUUGUUGAAAAAUCGAAGGGUGCAAUCUCGCGGGAACGCGUUCAAGGACUGAGUCUUUCCGACGCUCGAUCCGGUGGAGCAGACGCUAUCGCAGCCAAACUGAUGAAGGGGGCGAAAGGUACUGUGUUCAUCGUCAACGCAGCCGCUGAAGAAGAUAUGGACAUCAUUGUGCACGGCAUCCUCAGGGCUUCAGCGCAGGGGAAGAAGUUUCUGUUUCGCUCCGGCGCAGCAUUCGUCUCGGCGCGACUUGGCAUCUCUCCGAUCCCACCCAUCUCCGCUGAGCAGCUGGCCCUUGACGGAACAAAAGGCGGGCUGAUCAUCGCGGGAUCUUAUGUUCCCAAAACUACAGCGCAACUCAAGUACCUAAGGGAACAUUCAAGCGAUAAAUUGACCACCGUGGAAUUGGACGUCAACAAGCUUCUGGAAUCGCCGGAGAGCCGCGAGGAAGAGUUACAACGGGCACUGGCUACGGCGGAAAGCGAGCUACAGAAACCACAGGACGUGCUUGUUAUGACGAGCAGAAAGCUCAUCACGGGUGCAGACGAGCGUUCAUCACUCGAUAUUGGAUCUACAGUCGCAGCAGUUCUUGUGGCAUUUCUCACGAAGCUCAAGGCAACGCCUCGUUACAUUAUUGCAAAGGGUGGUAUUACGAGCUCAGACAUGGCAACCAAGGGUUUGGGUAUGAAGAGGGCAAUGAUUGUCGGCCAAGCUGCCGCUGGUGUGCCGCUUUGGAGGUGCGAUGAACCUAGUUCGAAGCAUCCCGGCCUGCCCUAUGUUGUGUUUCCUGGCAAUGUUCAUCUUCAAGAACAGCUUCCAGUCCUCCAUAGUCCAGCUCUUACCCCAGAAGCUGGGGUCGUCUUUCAGGUCCACUCGCUCCUCACUGCGGACGCGACUCACAACCUCGAUGUCGAAGUCGCAAGCUUCCGGGCCGUAGAAGGACAUGUUGCAAUCGCUGUUCCACUUCCAUCGUUGCACGUCGGUCCACUGUUCAGGAUCCAGGUCCACAUUGUCCAAGAAACUAGACAUGCAUUCCGUCGCCCGCUUCCAGCCUGCCUUGUACGCCGGCCCAGACCCGUUCUUGAUGUGCUUUGCAAACAUAGCAUCCGCAAUCCUGUCGUAUAUCCGCUGGCACGCCGCCGCAUCGUAGCCCUCUCCAACUGCAAAAUGCGGGCGCCCAUAGAACCAUAUCGCCAGGGUACCACCAGGUCGCAGGACCGUAACCCACGAAUGAAGAGCCUUGGCGUGGUCCAGAAGCGGCAUCGUCUCUCCUACCGCGACGAAAGCCGCGGAGCCAGGUUCGUGGGUCGAAUGCACGUCUUCAGCAGCGAAGCGCUCAAAGCGUAUCCUUCCGAGGGCAGCGCUCCCGAGCGAGCGCGCAAGGCGCUUUCGUGCAACGGCGAGGUGGCUCUCGUUCAGGUCGCUUGCGACGAUGGCGUCGAAGUGACCCGACAGAACGGCUGCCACUUGUCCUGGUCCGGUCCCGACGUCGUGGGCGGUCGAUUUGCCAGGAAGCGAUUGGCUCUGGUGUGAGCGGUGGUACUGCAGCAGUGAAGCGUAGAAGUCAUUCUGGGUAUAGUCUGGUCGCGCGGUCAGGUAGUCCUCCCAAUACUGGCUCCGCUCGAUCUCGGUGGUGAAGAAAUUCGAAGUGUCUUUUUUUGCACUCAUGGCGAGGGGUGUCUUUGGCUUCGAGGAAGCGUGGGGAGUUCGGUAGGUGCCAUGUUGACUCUUCGGCAGUGGGUGCGCUUGCCCCAAACCAAUCCAUGCAGGAUGGUCCACGUAAGACCGCUUACCGAGUAUGGCCGUAAGUCAAGCCUGACACACGCUCGGUGGCAGGGACAUUCAAGCAUGUGUGGAACGCUCAAUGCAUACGAAGGUCCGGGCCAGCCAGAUUCGCUCACAAC